CCAAAUGCAAAAUAUAAACGAUGAUAGCCCUGUAUAUAGGCGAUUAAAAGGUGUAAAGUCUAUCAUUUUAGUUUUAAGUGGUAAAGGUGGCGUAGGAAAAUCAUCUGUGGCGACCCAAUUAGCCUUAUCAGCAGCAACGAGCACGUCUUCAAAGGUUGGUCUAUUGGACGUUGAUCUCACAGGCCCAUCGAUACCUCGUAUGCUUGGUUUGGAUGGUCAAUCCGUUAGAAUGGGUCUCGAAGGCCAAGGAUGGGUACCAGUCCGUGCAGAUAAGGAAGGUAAACUCUCUGUAAUGUCAAUCGGAUUUUUAUUAAAGAGCAAAAAUGAUGCAGUCGUAUGGCGUGGUCCAAAGAAGACGGCAAUGAUAAGACAAUUCCUCGCUGACGUCAAAUGGGAUUGUGAUACUCUUAUCAUUGAUACACCACCAGGUACUUCAGAUGAGCAUAUCGCCCUCACUGAGCUUCUCUCACCUCUGGCGGAUAAGCUACAUUCAGUAAUCGUGACAACACCCCAGGCAGUUGCCCUUUCGGAUGUACAGAAAGAGAUUUCAUUCACUAAAACAGUCGGAAUACCAGUACUAGGUUUAAUAGAAAACAUGUCAGGUUAUGCAUGUCCUCAUUGUGCUGAUUGUACAAAUGUAUUCUCAACUGGUGGUGGUGAAUCAUUAGCAAAACGUGAGAAGAUUAACUUCCUCGGUAAAGUUCCUAUAGAUCCACUCCUGGUAAAGCUACUUGACGAUAUUAAGGUAAUUCAAGAAACAAAUUCAUCUGAAGCAGCAUCAACAACACUUAUUGAACGUUAUAAAGGAAUUCCAACAUAUAAAGUAUUUGAAACUAUCGCAAAGACUGUAUUAGAAAUAGCUAAUAGAUAGAAAAAUAAUCGUCCGGAUGUAAUUUAAAUACAAGAAUGAGUGAAUGAUAUCAAAUGAUCGUUAAAUGUGUGCUAUCCCGCAGCACAUGUAUAUAUUUGAAUGCAAAAAAGUCGUUAAAAUGAGAAAAUUGCUGCACGUCUUCUCUUUGUACCACCAAAUGGGUGGGCGACAACUGCAGCAGCGAAAAGGCCUACUGUAAGACCAAUAGCGGCUUGAAUCAAGCUCCCGCUUGUACCAAGCCCAAGUGAGCUUAAAUGGAUUAGACAUUUACUUCUUUGAACUGUAUGACUUACGAAUUAUCUGUAGAAUUAGUUCUUGCAACUGAAAGAAUACCACCAUCUGAUAAACCCGUUGGUAGUAAAAGCAUUAUACCACUUGCUGUCAUUGUAAAUGCAGGUCUUGAAGUUGUAAAUUUACCCCAAAGAUUACCAAUAAGACCAACAGUGAAACUACCAACUGCACUACUCAAAUCUACACGUGAAAUACGUUGUUUGACGAAGUAAUUGACAGUGUAACCUCAAAUAGCAAUGAUAACCAUCAAUGGUAAUUCACGUGAUUUGAUGGAUGCUUUAUUUCUUAAACUAAUAAAUAUAGCGUAGACGGGUACGCAAAGUAUGUACCAAUAAGGAUCAAUUUGUUGCUGAUAGAAAGGUGCACCAUCAGGAUGAGCAGCAUUACAUGAAAAGUCGUCAGCUGCCGUAUCCUCAUUAUUCCAUUGAUUUGUUACUAGUUUAA